CCAUCUCUCCUUCUUUCCCCUCUCUCUCUCUCUCUCUCUAAACUGUACUUUCUCUCUCCAAACCAAUCUCUGUAUUCCGUGUGCUUUCUUUCUUCUCUAUAAUUGGCAUCGCAUAGCCGGCAAUGAUUUCAUUUCGAAGUCGAAAGCAUCACUGAGAGGCGAUUUCGGAUACUUCCGUUUCUCUCUCUGGAAUUUGCCGGACAACCUCUCUUUUAAUUCUCUCCGGUCGCCGGCGAUAUUUUUCAGUAACUUCUUUUUGUUCCGGUAAUUUCAUAUAUGCAUAUCUACGCAUUUCUGAAGAGAGAGUUUGUGUUAUUCGUAAUUCUCUUUCUAUAUAUGGUCAAACUCUCGAUCAUUGAUUCUUCAGUUUUCAAGUUUUCUCUCUCCUCGCUUCAUUGAAAAUUUUAGCUCCGAAUCUCGGUGGUUUUUUCAGUGCUUGAUAGUCGACGAUCAUCUGAAUUUUCAGAUCCGAUUGAUUGUAUUUACAGCUCGAUUCGUUGAACUUUUCUUGCUAAGCUCGUUGAUCGGUUACUUCGUAGCUCAAUCGUUGAAAUUGUACAUACAUACACAGAUAUAUACACAGAGAUAUAACUACAUAUACGUAUAUCGGGAGCGAAGUGAAGUGAUAGAGAAUCAUGUUGGAUCUCAAUCUCAGUGUUGUCAAUGAUGAAAUCGGAGAGAAGUUUCCCGAAGGCUCUAUCGGAAGUCAAAUGGACGAAUCAGCAACUUCGAAUUCGUCAAUUGUGAAUGCCGAAGGUUCGAGCAAUGCCGGCGACGACGAUUCGUGCUCUGCACAUGCCGGAGACAUCUUUGCCUGCAAUUUCGAUAUCCUGAAGGUUGGAGAUAACUCGAGCAAAAACAACGAUGCGGAAGGUAGCGCAAAUCAGAGGAUGAAGCCAGAGUUUGUGACUCGGCAGCUAUUUCCAGUGAGUGGAGAUACAGGUGGUGAGUUAACUCAGGGGCAGAUUUCGGUACAUCCAAAUUGGAAUGAUCUCUCGUACAGUCAAGUCGGUUCUGGCCCUUCUGGAGGACUACAAGAGAUGAGAAUGGAACAACAUCAACGGCAAGCUCAAAAGCCGGUGAAGAAGAGUAGGAGGGGACCGAGGUCUCGCAGCUCACAGUACAGGGGGGUGACCUUCUAUAGAAGAACUGGUAGAUGGGAAUCGCAUAUAUGGGACUGUGGGAAACAAGUGUAUUUGGGUGGAUUUGACACCGCUCAUACUGCUGCUAGAGCCUACGAUCGAGCAGCAUUAAAGUUCCGGGGUGUUGAUGCUGAUAUCAAUUUUAAUCUGAGUGAUUAUGAGGAGGAAAUGAAACAGAUGACGAAUCUGACCAAGGAAGAAUUUGUGCACAUACUCCGUCGAGGGAGCACUGGUUUCUCGAGAGGGAGUUCAAAAUAUAGAGGGGUGACACUGCACAAAUGCGGCAGAUGGGAAGCUCGAAUGGGUCAGUUUCUUGGCAAAAAGUAUAUAUAUCUUGGGCUAUUUGAGAGUGAAGUAGAAGCUGCAAGGGCUUAUGACAAGGCGGCUAUCAAAUUCAAUGGAAGGGAUGCAGUCACCAACUUCGACUUGAGUACAUAUGAAGGAGAGAUGAUUUCAGAGUCCCAGAAUCAAGGUAGCAAACACAAUCUUGAUCUGAACUUGGGGAUUUUGAGCCCUUCAUUUGAACAUGGUCCAAAGGAAAAUGAAAAUUUGGGGCGAUCCCAGUUCCAUCCUUAUGAUGUGCAUGAUGCAAGGAGAUCUAAGAUGGAGAACAAUGCUACGUCAACUGUAGGCAAUCCACCUCUUAAGGGUCUACCAGUUACAGCUCAGCACCCUUACUUGUGGACUGGUGUAUAUCCUAAUUUCUUUCCCAACUACGAGGUAAAUUUAUUGUACUGAUUUAUUAAUAUAUAGGUUGACUUGAAUUCAAUUGUCGUUCUAGCUGAGUACAAUAUGUUUGUGAUUUUCUCAUAGCAGUGUCUUAAUACAAGGCUUCCAAACUAACUUUGUGCCGCUAUUUACCUGAAAAUGAGAUUUAUUCUUAUUGGAGUUGAUCAGCACACAGUGAUUUUGGAACAUGGAAAACAAUGAAAAUGAGACUGUGGUAGUAGAAUAGAGCUUGUGCCAAGGACAUCAGAGUGUACUUAAAUUCAUUGCAGCAGCAGUUAUACAUUCAUGAUUUAGAUACUGACUCGACAAUCAUAUAUGGGACUUGAUAAAGUGAUUGACACUAUCUUCAAGUUAGAAUUAUCGACUACAGGAUUAUUGUUGUGGGAAAUUUUAGCAAGGUGAUCUGGUGUGAUGUGUGUCGGUCAAUGAAACUGCACAUGCACCGACUUGCACCCUUUGACAAGUAGUGUGUUUUAAUGGAAGUCUCGGGAGAGGAUGAAUCAUUAUGAAGAGGGAAGGAGGAAGAUGAAUAUCUUGUUCCUGUGUUGGCCCAACAGCAAAAUUAGUCACGAUGACAAUCUUCAUGUUGAAGUCAUCCUAGGUCAUGACGAAGCUUUUAAAUGGUUUUGCAGGAAAGAACAAACGAGAAAAGAAUUGAAGUAGGUUCUUCACAAGGACCCUCAAACUGGACUCGGCAAAUGCAUGGUCAAGUCAGUCCCAAGCCAAUGCCAUUGUUCUCUAGUGCAGCAUCAUCAGGAUUCCAAUCUCCGGUAACCACUGCUCUCUCGGCUUCCACUUAUCAAUCUAGAGCUCCUAAUCCAACAGCCCUCAAUAUGUACUUCUCUUCAUCGGCUCCGGCUGCCGCCAGCACCUCUCAAUAUCAUUACCAAUUGAGGCCUGCACCACCACCCCCAUAAUCAGUCCAGUCUUUGCAUUGAAGAUGAACAGAAGGGUUCGAGUGUGAGCAAUGUCUGUCGGGACUCGAACAAUGGUAAAUUAUGCUCGAGCGGGGGGCGAAGCCAAUGGAAACUCUGGUGGAGGUCUAUUCAUGUUUUUCGAAUAUAACACGAAAAUGAUGUAUUUUAUAUAUUUUUUAAAGUGCUAUGAAAACAACAAUUUUUAUGGCAAUUAUAUUGUUCAUUUUUUUUUUUCUAGAAUCUACCGAAAUUGGUUACAAAAUAUUUUACUAGAAGUUGGAUUUCUUUUCCUAA